AUUAAACUCAUUUUAUGAAUAAAUAUAAGGAAAAAAAAAAGUGCUUUAUUUUUUCCUUGUUUAACCGAGGAAAUUCCAUCUCCCUUUCCCACUCUAGUUGCUCACAGUCACAGUUUCAGCUGUAGAACAAGAAGGAAGGCGCUUCGCUCAACCAAAGGUGUUUCACUGCAUUAUCUGUUUAGCCAGUCCAAACGAUGGACCGAUCUAGACUUAAUAUGAGGGGUCGUUGCUCCGGUUCAACACCAUCAGAGGAAUCGGCUUUGGAUUUUGAAAGAACCUGCUGCUGUCAUCCUCAUCUUCCUUCAUUUAGUUCACCGACACUUCAGCCUUUUGCUUCGGCUGGACAGCACAGUGAUAACAAUGCUCCUUACUUUUCAUGGCCGACAUCCAGCAGGUUAAACGAUGCUGCUGAAGAGAGGGCAAACUAUUUUGCUAAUCUACAGAAAGGAGUUCUGCCUGAGACUCUUGGUGGGUUGCCAAAAGGGCAACAAGCAACAACAUUACUCGAGCUAAUGACCAUAAGAGCAUUUCAUAGCAAGAUUUUGAGAUGCUACAGUCUUGGGACAGCGAUUGGUUUUCGUAUUAAAAAGGGUGUGCUGACUGACAUACCAGCUAUCCUUGUUUUCGUCUCCAGGAAAGUUGACAAGCAAUGGCUCAGUCCCAUCCAAUGUUUACCUACAGCCUUAGAGGGACCAGGAGGAGUGUGGUGUGAUGUGGAUGUUGUGGAGUUCUCAUAUUUCGGUGCGCCUGAGCCAGCACCCAAGGAGCAGCUGUACACAGAGAUUGUGGAUGAUUUGCGUGGGGGUGAUCCGCAUAUUGGCUCAGGUUCUCAGGUAGCUAAUCAGGAAACUUAUGGGACUUUGGGUGCUAUUGUGAAAAGUCAAACUGGCAGCCGACAAGUUGGGUUUCUUACAAAUCGUCAUGUUGCAGUUGACUUGGACUACCCAAAUCAAAAAAUGUUCCAUCCUUUGCCUCCAACACUUGGUCCUGGUGUAUAUCUUGGUGCAGUGGAGAGAGCUACUUCAUUCAUCACAGAUGAUCUUUGGUAUGGCAUUUUUGCCGGAACGAACCCAGAAACAUUUGUCAGAGCAGAUGGCGCAUUUAUCCCUUUUGCUGAUGAUUUUGACAUGUCCACUGUUACUACAUCCGUUAAAGGUGUUGGUGAGAUUGGUGAUGUCAAGGUUAUUGAUUUGCAGUUUUCAAUCGGUAGCCUUAUUGGUAAGCACGUUAUGAAGGUUGGAAGGAGUUCUGGCUUAACAUCGGGAACUGUAUUAGCUUAUGCCCUUGAAUAUAAUGAUGAGAAAGGCAUAUGCUUCUUAACUGAUUUUCUUGUCGUUGGCGAGAAUCAGCAAAGUUUCGACCUUGAAGGUGAUAGUGGAAGCCUCAUCAUAAUGAAGGGUGAAAACGGGGAGAAGCCAAGGCCAAUAGGAAUUAUAUGGGGUGGAACUGCUAACCGGGGCCGACUUAAGCUAAAAGUUGGACAGCCACCCGAAAAUUGGACCAGUGGGGUUGAUCUCGGGCGACUGCUCAACCUCCUCGAGCUUGAUAUCAUCAUAACAGAGGAAGGGCUUAAAGAAGCAGUGCAAGAACAAAGAGCUGCCUCAGCAGCAGCUAUAGCCUCAACGGUUGGGGACUCUUCGACCCCGGAUAGAGUUCUUCUAAAGGACAAAAGCGAAAACAAAUUUGAGCCAUUGGGUUUUCAAAUUCAGCAUAUCCCAUUAGAAGUAGACUGCAACAGCCCGGAAACAAAUCCAUCAACAAUAAAAACAGAGUUUCAUUUGGAAGAUGGUAUCAAUGCUGGUCCUAGCAUAGAACACCAGUUCAUUCCAAGCUUCAUCGGACGGUCUCCCUUACACAAAAACUUCUCUGACAAAGUUGUCUCCGAAAAUCUAGCAUCCUUAAGGAGUGGCUGCGAUGAAGAUCUUUGUGUUUCGUUGCAUUUGGGUGACAACGAAGCCAAGCGGAGACGUUCUGAAGCUUCAACCAGCACCGAAGAACCAAAGUGAACCAUUUUUGGAGAUUGAGCUGGUGGGAAACUGAGACCCACCAUUGUAGUUGGAUAUGGGUUGCAGUCCUAUAACUCUAAUCAAGUGAGUUAAGGCUGCAAAUUGUAUGUGCUUCUUUUAACUUUGUCAACUUACUAGGUCGAGUUAACCUCAGCAAAAUUAUAAGUGAUUGAGUAAAGUUUUUGUUUCCUUUUAAA